AGAAAAUUGAUACGGCAAUCGAAGUCAACUAUGAAAUCAUCAAGAUCAUCUGUGAAGAUCAACAGAUCUUUGUGAAUGAUGAUCGACCUAUGGCUAAGCAGUGAAUUUCUUUUUAUUUUAUUUUUUAUUGCAUAGUUAGACUUGAAUGACAGAGCCAAGAAUGCAGCGGCACUUCGGAUUCGGCAGCCUGAUAUGGAAAAAGUACAAGGGACGAUUAAGCAGUUUGUGCGCGAUUGGAGCGAAGAGGGAAAAUCAGAAAGAGAAGCCAUUUAUGAUCCCAUUAUAGAAGAACUGGAAGCUCGGUUCUCUCAUAUUUCCAAGCAAGCUCGUGGAGGGAUUCAUAUUUUAGUACCGGGUUCAGGAUUAGGACGUUUAGCGUUCGACAUCGCACAUGCAGGAUUUAGUGCUCAAGGAAACGAAUUUUCAUACUACAUGUUAUUGGCUUCGAACUUCAUUCUCAACAAGACAACGGCUGUGAAUCAACAUUUGAUUUAUCCAUAUAUUCAUUCAUUUUCAAAUAUUGUAAAGUCGGACGAUGUCUUGAUGGAGGCGAGAAUCCCAGAUGUGGACCCCCGGGAGAUUCCUCCGGGCACGGACUUUUCAAUGGUUGCAGGCGACUUUUUGGAAGUCUAUGGAUUGGAAAACGAAAACUUUGGAAAAUGGGAUGCUGUGGUGACGUGCUUCUUCAUUGAUACGGCCAAGAAUAUCGUCAACUAUCUAGAAACAAUCUACAAGAUCCUUAAGAAGGGUGGUAUCUGGAUCAAUGCUGGACCACUGCUAUGGCAUUUCGAGAACACAGCCAACGAGAUUUCUAUCGAGUUGAGUCUUGAAGAGGUGAUUGAUUUGGCCAAGACGAUUGGUUUUAGGUUUGAGACACAGGGAACAACUAAGAGUACAUAUAUGGCCAAUCCCCAUGGAAUGUUGAAAUAUGUUUAUGAAUGCGCCACAUGGACCGCUGUCAAGAUUUAAGAAACUUAGAUGUAAUCCAUAUUGGGCGCUUAAUAAAACAAAUAAAAUAAAAUGAAUCGAGAC